AUCCCUUACGAUCCUGGUUUUGCUCUACGAACCAGUAUGGAGAAAGGCUGUCUGCGGUCAACAAUUUUCCUCCUGAAGUCCCUCGGCCUGUAUGAGCAGGCUGUUGAGGAGGCUCUAGCUAAGAACAAUGUCGAGCUCGCAAAGGAAAUCGUAAACAGUGAGACUCUCGAAGUUGACACUCAAAGGGCCCUCUGGUUGCGCAUAGCACGGCAUGUGAUCUCGGAUAAGAGCAAUCUACAGGAGGCGACGGCCUUACUUCGUGAAUCCUCUCUCUUGAGCCUCGAGGACGUGUUCCCUCUGUUCCCAGACUUUGUUACGAUUGACCAGUUCAAGGUAGGUAACUCUUAUGGCUGCUUAGGCACUUGCCUAGGCACUUACUUGAUGUUGCGCAGGUCGAAGAUGUAUCUGAUUCCGGAGGGACAGUGGCUUAUUUUGUUCAUUGCCACUCCUGUUCUUGAUGAACGUACACCUGAUCUCAUGCGGUUUAUCCCACUUCUACGCAGCUUUGAAAUCAUACCGGAGAACGCUCGGUGUACCCAUUGUCUGCAUGCCCUGGCUUUGCGGACCUUCUACGUUUUCCCGUGUGGCCACUUUUUCCACACAGACUGUCUCAUGAAUCUGGUGAGUCUGCCCCACCUGGACCCACAAGACAACCUCAAACUGGCAGAACUGUACAAUAUGACGGAAGAAGAUAGCUCUGCGAUACAACAGUUCAGAGCACAGUUUGACGAACUGGUAGCCAAGGACUGUGUUCUGUGCGGGCAGGUGGCCAUUGAAGAUACCGACAGCCUUUUCUUCGCGAACGACGAGGCCUAUCAGGCCGAACUGAGUGUUUGGACAUAA